AUGGCUCCUUCCAUCGCAUCCAUCAAGGCGUUAUUAGCACUUGCCGAACACUCCAAUUUUGAUAUUCACUUUUCCAUCACUACCCCCUAUGGCCUUGUUCUUGAACUAUCAGGCGACUCUCUUCAAGUUCGCUUGGCGGAGGACAAAGACCCGCUGUCUGCCACCCCUACGGCACCGGCCGAGUCCCAACUUCCAGUCACUCAGGCCAUCUCCGAGCCCCUAUCUAAGAUGGAGGAGGAAGAUUCCGUCCAUGAGCCGCUAGCAGAUACGCCUUUACUCCAAAUACACAAAGAGGCACCCUUGGAGUCGGAAGAUCAACUAGAAUCUGAAUCUCAAUUGAACGAACGGCUAGAACCCCAGGAGAAACACGGAUCUUCCCUGCCAGGAUACAAAUACUCCAUUUGGCCAGACUACGGAACCAAUUUCAUGUGGUAUACCUAUGGAUGGCCUGCAAACCCUGAAGGCGGCGAUAAUAUCGACGACGACGACUUGAAAGAGAGAUAUCCUGAAGCGUGGUUUAACGCUUAUACGGAUUGGUGGAAGCAGUAUACUGAAGCUUUCAUAGCCCAGGGGCUUGAUCAGGGUCACGAUAAUCCACUGUUCAAAACUGCCGAGGAAGAAAAUGUUUGGAACAUGGAAGGCGCGCUGUUGGCUGCAUGGCUGGCACUGCAAGACGGUGUACACGCGGUCAAUUACGCGCCUGAGAAUGUGGACCGUUACAAGUUCGAUUUUGAGCGCGACAGCAUCGGGAAGACUUUGGGAAACUUUCUUCAAUCCAUAAAGCUAGAUCAAAGACCAUUGUAG